AUGCAAAAGCUUUAACAAAAACAAAGCAUUGAACAACAAAUUUAUAUGAAAUCUAGAUUGAUUCAUAAUCUCUAAAACUAUUUACUAUGCAAUUAACAACAGAAGGAGUGUUAAAUAAAAAAUAAUCCCCAGGAUGCCGAUAUAUUCCUUAAAUAAUAAUAUCAACUUAAAUUACAUGGUCUCUACAAUAAACCACUUCGAUCAUUAGUUGUCUUACACAAAAAUUAGAUUAAAAAAUGA